AUGCUCGCUCAACCUUCGUAUAUUCGAAUGCCAAAAGAAAGCCGUAUUGGAAUGCUUAACAGUCUCUUGCGUAUAACCGUCAGACCCCUCACCACAGAGCCAGUGCCUUUCCGAGCUCACAGGAACGCAGUAAUCGACAACGGCAAAGCAACCAAACCGAAGUCAUACAAGGAUCUUCUUGUCUGCACCUUACGACCGAACCAGCUGGUGCAAAAUAUAUCACAGGACCCGCUUCAAACAGUGCCAUAUCGGGACAUAGAUUCAAGUGAAUCUCUGCAGACCCAUAGUGUGUACCAUUCAAAACUUUCUGAAUGUCUAUCGUCCAACUUUGCAAAGAUAACACAAAUCCCAUCCAGCAAAAGCUCGGAAAUUUACUAUCGACAUCUUGCUGCCAAGCAGCGUGGUUCUCCUCUAUGGAUACCAGAACCCAAUAGUAUGCUUCCCGUCGAAUACCAAAAGCAAGGUAUUGGUGUAGGUGACGUCGGUAUCCUGACGGAUUACGGAGCAUUCGACUAUUUGUUCAAUAUUCUCCUACCUCAAGACAACCCAAUCAACCCAGAAGAUAUGCCAACGGAUUAUUUUCCCCUGCAACCUCCUCUCAGCCUUGCAGAUAUUCAUGGAUAUUCUGCAUUUAAAACGGACAGCCAUCUAACUAGUCUGACAUUUGAGUCGUCUGCGUCGGAAGGCGCUAUCCUUACCAUGCCCUGUGGUUGCAACUCAAAGGAUCUAAGAAAUAUAUUCAGAUUUCGGAAGUACGCCGUUGCCAACGCAGAGAAAUGGUAUAGAUACGCCAACGAAAUUCGUGGUCGAGAUGCAAAGAACGGGGAUGUGCGUCUCGUCAUCGGCUACGACUCGACGACGGCUUGGGGAAUGGCUGCCUUCGCGAACCUUUCGGAAAAAAGGUACUCGCGUCUCAAGUUCCGGCCUGUAGGGGGAAACAGUCUCGGACGAAUCUAUGGCUGGGAAUAUUCAGGAAUCACUAUGGCUGAAGUCAAAUCUGGGCCUGAUUUUUACGAGAUUGAGAAAUUGAGGAACCUUGCACGAGGGCCCGAUGCAGAAGAAGCAGCCGUACAAAAAUCAGUGCUUGUUUUGAGAGAAUCUACCGACGAUUCUCGUGCUACAACCAACUUUUCCUCCGGGAGCGCGGGUGUUAGUUCAAACAGCGGACAAUCUUUAGACACAUGUAUGCAGGAUGACCAGGAAAUGUCGAGAGAUUUUAGCACUUUCCAGCACAAUUCUGCGUUUGUAUCCCUUCCACCAACUACCCUUAAUAUACAUCCAUCGCAAACCAUCAACGAAUUCCUUUUAAAAGAGAGACCGAAUUCCAAGGUCGCUAUAAGCGAUGACCAUGAUUGGAUAUCAGUCCUUGAAAAAAACGAUAGGUUCUUACCUCCUCCUCAAACGCUGCUUGAUAGAAUAAGAAAGCGUUACGACAUAUAUGAAGAGGAAGAUAUGGCUUCUCUCCAACCAAAGAUUCUGCCGGAACUACAAACCGAAGAAUUCCAGCUCGUAUCCCUGGACCUCGAGGGUGAUUCGCAAUCACAACCCGAAAAACACCCUCCGUUUACGGAUUUUCAGAGUACCAAUAUUCUCACUCCGGCGCAGACAGUUUGCAAGGCGUUACCUCCAUCUCCGUCUCCUUUCAGCAAAGCAAACAACGCACCUGAACUCACUAUCGCCGGUGCAUCCAAUGCGAUGAAAGUUUUCUGCAAGAGCUUCAACUGGCUUCCUUUGCGGAAUCUGAAGAAAGGUGACUAUCAAAUAUUGAAAUCUGGUAUACCGAUGUGGAAGUUAUCUGUGGAUGGACGGGGAGGUCAUUGGGUGUUGAUACUCGAAGCUAACCUUCGUCAAGAUGGAUUAUUGAAUACUCGACACGCUCUGGCUAUCACGGCGGAAGAAAUAGAUGGGGAUAUUAAUCAAAUGCCAAUGACGGCCCCGAGAAAAGAUAAGUUGGUUCAAGUUACAUCGGUGGGGAUGAUAGUCAUACGAGACGACAAUGUGUAUAAGCUUCCCUGGGGUUGUUGGUAG